AUGGUUCAUCUAUGGAGCCUUGUGACGUUCAUUGCAUUGGUUGCAACUGUCAUCUCGCCGGUAGCGGCAGACGGCCAAGGCUCCUUCGUCUGGGACCCUCCCUACGAAAACGAAGCAAAUGUGUAUGCUAGGCUUAUAGAACUUCAGCACGCUGGAUCUAGCAAUGGCAAAAUACUAGCCACUUGGGAGCAUUGGUAUGCCAAUACCACCGGGAAUGCUGCGUACCCAAACGGCACUGAGGGUAGCUUCAUCAUUCGCGAGAGUGAAGAUGGCGGCGAGACCUGGAACACUUUGACAACCAUCUUCGACACGCAAAAAGGGCCUGGCCAUCCCUGUGCCCGCUUUUGGCAACCAUUCUUCUUCGAGUUCCCUCGCCAGAUUGGUGACUAUCCGGAAGGCACACUGCUCCUAGUCGGCAACCUUGUGCCUACCAACAAAUCAUUCACAGAGUUCUUCACCUGGAGAUCCAGCGACCAUGGACGCACUUGGAAUCCCGUGGGGGCUUGGCAAGAAGGCGGCACGACGAAAGCCGGGAUCUGGGAACCUUUCCUUUACCUGGAUGGAGAUGGGUCACUCGUGGCUGCAUUCUCAGACGAGAGAAACGCCACAACCCACAGCCAGAUGCUUGUUCAAGUCGUAUCAAUUGAUGGCGGAGAUACCUGGGGAGACGUUAUCCCUACAGUAGCGAGCGACGUUCAGACAGAUCGCCCCGGAAUGCCAACUGUUACGCUGAUGGAUAAUGGCGAGUAUUUGAUGGCCUACGAGAUUUGUGGACGGGAUCCAUUAAACUGUCCCGUCUACGUGAAAACGUCACCCGAUGGCAUUACGUGGGAUAAGAAUGAUCUAGGCACUGCUGUGGUAUCUGAGGACGGGCGCUAUCUUGGAUCCAGUCCUUACACACUCUGGGACCCGUCCACGAAGCAGUUGCUUCUUGCUGGGCAUAAUACAUGGGACACAACUACUAACACAAAAACAGCCGAAGCUCAACGUAGUAUAUACAUCAACAAAAACUAUGGUGUUGGUAACUGGUCUUGGGCUCCCUCUCCCUGGGCGGUCAGCUAUGCUUCGUCGGCGUGCAACUCCAACUACAGCCCUCACAUGCUUCUUCGUUCGAACGGAACCAUCCGUUAUACGUCCCCAACCAGCCAAGGUUCUUCUGGAUACUGUGCUGUGCGUACUGGAGAGGCACCUAUUGGUGUUUUGCCAUAUGUAGCUGAUUUCGCAGCCAAUGGUCAACUCGGCUGGAUCAACACCGGGGCGGCUGGAAAGGUGGUCUGGUCUGUUUCAGGUGAUCAAUACAGCUUUGGCACAGUUGGGGAUUCUAUUUCUGCUUUAGCGAUCACAGGAUCAACUGGUUGGGCAGACUACACAAUCAGUGCUGAUGCACAGAUUAUUGGCAGCAACGGGACUGUAGGCAUAGUUGCACGAGUAUCUCAGCCAAAGCCCGGUCUUGACCAGUUUUACGGUUACACAUUGGCCAUCGAAAGCUCUACCGGGAAUUUGACUCUAUACAAGAACACAGACAACGCCGUCACCUUGGUCUCAAUGGCCUUCUCCGGAGGAAUUGAACCGGACGUAUGGUACUCCAUGUCUCUUGCUGUCCAGGGCUCACAAUUGACGGCAGCACUGAGCUCGGAAGAUUCUGACUCUAACCUGACGUUCACUGUGAGCAACGAUAAUCAUCCAUGGGGCAUGGCGGGAUUAAUUGGGAAAGUUGGGGGAGGAAGUUUCAGGAAUGUAUUUAUUGAAUAG